CCCGAUUUCCCUUCAGGUACCCGCCGAAAUUCAGAUUCCCACAUACAACAACACUCGUGGGGCCCCCGUCAUGGCCUCUCCGCUGGCCAAUGACCCUGAACGCGUCGCGCGUAUCAUGCUGUCCUGGCACUCGCUCGAUCUUGUCUCGUGCAGGAAAUUGCAGACGCUGUGGGCAGGCUAUGGAAGUAUCUGCGCGAUCACAGCGCGAGCUACCACCGAUGAAGCGACGGAGUACCUCAGCAAGUUAUGCUAUAUGGAAGCGCAAGCUGUUGGGGCCACUUAUCCAUUGAUCCUGAAGCUGAUCUUGCCCCCGAGCAAAGGCGCAGCCCAACCAGACGAGGGCCACUUGCGGAAGAUGCUCAGCUACGAGGUGGAGCAAAGCUUUUAUAAUGACGUGGUUCCGCUCUUGGGAGAUGGAAUCGCCGUAGCCAAGUGCUUGGCCUCCACGCGACAAAUGAGGGGCAAAAGGGGUGAGGCGGAGCUCGACGGUCUGCUGGCCAUGCUCAUGGUGGAUUUGACCCCUCAAUUCCCCGUUCCGGGGGGGAAGAGGGAUGCCCUAAACCGCACGCAGGUAUAUAGCGCGCUAGAAUGGCUGGCUCGCUUUCAUUGUCGCUCAUGGGGGUUGCGCGCAGACAGCCUCGACCGAUACAUCUUGCCUCCGCUUCAAGAACAUGUUAGGAGACGCAGUUCGGGCAGCAGCGACGACCGCCUCGGGCAAGGGCUGUGGCUCAACGGUGGGUACACGUAUCUGGCGACACGACGGAGCGAGUACGCUUCCCUCGCUCGAGAUACCUCCUCGGAAUGGUCCGAUGCGAUGUGUAGGGCGUGGCCGGGCUGCUCCAUGUCCGCUGCCGAGAUGGCUGCCAGCUUCUUGACCCCCCGUGGAAGGUCCAUUGAAUCGUAUAUCCAUGGGGACGUCAAGUCGGAGAAUCUCUUCACGACGAGAGACGGCAAUAAGGUGGCGUUCUUUGAUUUCCAAUAUGUUGGGUUGGGUUUGGGAGUCUGUGACCUUGCAAAACUAUUCACCUGUUCAGUGCCUCUAGAGAUGCUCGUGGAGUCUCAGGACCCGUUGCCCGAGCGGUUGAUGAUGGGGGAUGGCGAGAGGCACCUUCUGAAACAGUACCACAUUUCUCUCUCGUAUGAGAAGGAGUCGGACUUUUACGAAUGGGCGGCAUUCGAGCGACACUGGGAAACAGCUCUAGUGGAUUGGUGUCGUUUCCAGGCCUCAUGGGGAUUCUGGGGUAAUACAGAGUGGCUUGAGGCCCGUGUGAGAUCAAUUCUCGACGAUGAUGGGUGGAGACACUGGAUACUUGAAAACACAAUCGGUCGGGAUCCUUAGCCUAGGAAACAAAGCUUCGAGAUCGAGUUUUAACUUCCUUUGACCUAUGGUUAAUGACCCACUUCUUUUCAGCUAGCAUGAUUCUAGGAAAUUUGGGAACAUAGCUCUUCUACUGAUUCCAUUUCUACUAUUCUUAUAUAAAUCAUCCUUCGAUCUUAAAAGAAAUUAGAGGGAG